AUGAUGAUGAGUCCGGAUCAGCGACCACCCAAACCGUGUCUACUCUGGUUGGGCACGUCCGCCAACGAACAAGACUCUCCCGUCCCAUCCCGCAACGAUGGUACCUCCUCACCGACCCAACGGCCUCCCUUGCUGUUGCCCUUUCCCGCUUCCGCCCAACCCAACGUGUACACGGCGGACGACUUUUACCAAACCGUACAGGCACAUUACGAGUCGGAAGCACACUUUGUGGGUGGCAUGGGGGAAUCCGACCCGGGAGUGUACGUUCUCUCCACCGACGACGAUCUUUUGCGUCAACACGGACCACUCCUACGCGACGGCAUGGCUCGUGUACACGCCGCACGCCACGGUGUACCCUUUUAUCUCUGCACCACCGGGCUCGGCAACGACACGGAUUGGUCCGUGCCGUUGGAAGCCUUGGCCCAUAGCAACAAUAACCACAACACCACGAUACAAGUCAGUCUGUACGGAUCCAACCCGGCCGAAUACGCCCGGGCCGCCGGCAUUGCGGACGGUCGACGAGCCUUUGCACAAGUGUGUGCCUUUCUCGUGGCCUGUCAAGAAUUGCGGAUACCGACCGAAGUGGCCGUCGUGCCGGAGUACGCCAAAUCCGCCCGGGAGCUCGCACUCACACUCGGUGCGCAACAAGUACACGUCUACGAACCAGUCCCGUCCAUCCCGGAGCACUCCUAG